CUCUUGGUACUCAUGAAAAUGUUUGGAUGAUGUUGGAGUUGCCGAAGCUGCUUAGUUUUUAUUCGUCAUUUUAUAUAGUGCAUUCGGUAGCCGAUAGGAAGAAGGUUAUUUCAGGAAAUAUGAAAGGCGUGAAAGACGCGCCGUGAUCAAGAUACCAGCAUCGUUGAUAGCAACCUUGGGUACAGAUCACAAAACAAUGAUGGUGCCGGUGAUAUUUUAGGUUAAAUUUGUGUAAUUGUGUAUAAAUCAGUGUGAUUAGUGUUCUGAAAAUGGACAAUAGGAUCGCGAUCUGUGAUCCAGAUGAGGAUGAAGUAAAUAAUGAAUUAUUUGGUGAUAUUGAGCCGGUUACUUGGGUGAACGAUGAUACCAAUUAUGACCUGGACGAGAUUAACAUGGCCUUCCACAGGGUGGAUUCCCAUCAGAUUAUAUAUGAAGAAAAAAAAAAGAAAUGUAAAUUAAUUGGUAAAUAUGUCAUGGGAGAUUUACUUGGGGAAGGCAGUUAUGGGAAAGUGAAAGAAAUGCUAGACUCAGAUACCCUGUGCAGAAGAGCUGUCAAGAUCUUAAAGAAGAAGAAACUUCGUAGGAUACCGAAUGGGGAAAUUAAUGUUCAACGGGAAAUACAGCUAUUAAGAACAUUAAAACACAAAAAUGUUAUUGAUCUUGUGGAUGUCCUAUACAAUGAUGAAAAAGAAAAAAUGUACCUAGUUAUGGAAUUUUGUGUUGGAGGACUACAGGAUAUGCUGGAAAGUAUGCCGCACAAAAAAUUUCCUCUUUGGCAAGGACAUGGUUAUUUCUGUCAGUUGAUAGAUGGUUUGGAGUAUCUUCAUAGCAAGGGAAUCGUUCAUAAAGAUAUAAAACCAGGAAAUUUAUUAUUAACACUUGAUGGUACCUUGAAAAUAAGUGACCUUGGUGUUGCAGAGGCAUUAGAUAUGUUCGCCAAAGAUGACACGUGUACGACAGGACAAGGUUCUCCAGCAUUUCAACCACCAGAGAUUGCUAAUGGAUGUGAAACCUUUGCAGGUUUUAAGGUUGAUAUCUGGAGCAGUGGCGUGACGUUAUACAACAUAACGACGGGAGAAUAUCCAUUCGAAGGAGAUAAUAUUUAUAAAUUAUAUGAAAAUAUUGGGAAAGGUGAAUAUACAAUACCUGCAGAAGUAGAAGAUCCAUUGAAAUCGCUUCUACAAGGAAUGCUGCAAAAAGACAUAGAUAAGAGAUUUACACUACAACAGAUCAGACAGCACCCAUGGACUAUAUGUAGACCUCCGAAAACAUUAGAAGAAGUGCCCAUACCUCCUCUCAGAGGAGACGAAUGGCACACCAUGACUGUACUGCCGUACCUGAUGGAACAUCAUUAUGGAGUAGAUAAUGAUCCUACGUAUUAUACUGAACAUCAACUCAACGAAGAAAGAAAACUCCAAGAAAUGGAUCGGACAAGUGGGGAACAGAAGAAUGCUUGCAACAGCCAUUAUAACAAACACAUUACAAAUCAUGGUAAACGGAGGUGGCGCAAGCCCACUUCAUGUAUUAGUGUUAAGAAAUUCCCGUCAUGUAAACCAUCAUGAUUCAAAUCCUUACCACAUCUGCUUGUUCUUACAUAAUUUUACUGACUGUGUCAGUCAAUAUGUUUUCUCUAUGAGGGAGAUAACUGAAAGCUUGAUAUGCUGGAAAAGUGCUGAAUACUACAAAACAUACUACAGUCAUAGAACGACUCGAUUAUAAAUCUUUUGAGCUAUUUCGUUCAAAAGCAUUUUAUAUAAACGUUUGUGAUAUUAAUGUUAAAUAGUUGUAGUAAAUAAUGUAUUACAUUCUACAAAUUGAUGGUCUAACGAAAGCUCUAUCUAUGAUUGAUAUGAUACUUCAUUUCAUAAGACACAAUUAAUUAUUAAUUGUGAUUAUACCAAUUAGCAUGAUACUUUCAAAUACCUAUAAACUUAAAGGAGAAUGAGACAAGAUCGCAUUAUUUAAAUUUUAUUUCAUUCUGUAAUUGUCCCUCUCUAAGCAAUGUUUUCAUUCUUUUAAAUUUUGCAUAAAGUACUUCGAUAGCCACAAGUAGGCCAAUACAAUUUCAAAAUCCUCAAACGUCUUCAAUAUUCUAUUGAGCAUUCAUGUAAACACACAACUUAUCUAUUAUGCUCAAAUAUCAGCUCAGAAUGCUGUUACGAUCUCAAAAACUUUGUUGUUUGGUAUCCAGCACUCUUUCCUUUUUUCCUCGUUUAUCUUUAUAGUUUCGUACCUUCAUCUCUACACCCAUUUAACUUCAAAAUCCUCUUUUCUUUAAUUACGUAUCUAACAUUAAUUAACGUUUUCAUUAAGUUUCAUUGUUUUCUGCAAAUAGCUCAUUAAUUGCAGAGGAUGUCUAAUUUACUGUACUAAUUAUUUACAGACGUUAUAAAGCUCACAUAUUUUUUCUCAAAGUUAUUGUAAAUGACCUAAGAAAAGGAAAAGAGGAUGAGAUAUAACAUCGGUUACGAAUAAUUCUUUAUCUCGCCGUGUUUUUACGAAGCACAAAUAUCACAGAGCCUUAAAAACAUAUUCUUUCAUCAAUAUUAUAUCUGAGAUUAAUACAUUAAGCACUCUGAGCUUCGUUUCUAUAUAAGGUUUUUGUUUUGGUGUUCACAAGUAGCUGAAAUGUCAGUACACCAGUUGAAUAGUAGACGUGAACUGUUCUCCAGGGAAACGCCACACACAGUAUAGUUUUUUGUGAAACUGAAUCGAUUAUGGUGCUUAAUAAUUCUUACUGCCAAACACUGUUUGCACACCGAUAAUUGUUAGACACCUUAAAAGGAACUCGGAGUAGUUCAAGGUAAAAAUAAAUAAAUGUUCAGAUAAAAAUUCAAGAUUCCUUUCUACGGACUUUAAAUAGCAUACUUGGCACUCUAGCACUCUUUCAAGUCAAAAUAUUUUUAGUAAAAUUGUGAUGUUUUAUGAAUGUCAAGAAGAAGAAUAUUGAAGGGACAUUACUCAAUUUGUACAAUAUAAUUGUAUGCAACUUAAGAUAUGACUUUUAUAUUAAAUUAUAGGUGACCAAACAUUUUGCCAUGUUGUUUGCUGUUCUAUUUUGUGGUAACACUGUGCGUCUAUUAAUUUAUGAAUAUAUUUAAUUGUAUAAAGAUCGGUAGUCGAUAAUUGAUCAAAGAUGAAUGAGGUUUUCAUAGAAAUUUUAUGUUUAACACUUUACCUCAUUUAGCAAUGCGAUUCGUUAGUAACUAUUUAGUAUAUUAAUAUCAAAAGUACUUCUAAAAAUAAAGUAACUGUAAUAAAUUGAAAGAUAUCUGGUAAUUGGAAUCAUCAAUCUUAUUUACAGAAAUGGAAUAAUUUAAAAUGUUAUUAAUUAUCUUACACAAUCAAUCUCUAGAGGAAAACAAUAUUGUAAACAUUUCUAAUCAUUUAUUUCAUGAUGAAUGUUUAAUGUUGCUAACGCUACCAGAAUCCUUUCAAUUCAUAUUAUUAGUUACAGUGCCAGUGACCAAUACACUUUUAUAUGACCCAUUUUUAGUAAUAUGAAAUUGCAAAUAGAAAGACUUUCAUUAGUCAUCAUGAUUGUACAAUGCAAAUAUUAUUUUUUUUUAAUCUUCAAAUUCACUUGACGCAUUCAUUCAAAUUCAAAAAUGAGAUUCUACUGCAUAGUUCAUAGAGUUCUAUCAUGGACUGCAAUUUAUUAGUAUGUACGUCAGUAUUACAGCAGGAUGCAACUAUAAGCAAAUUAUAUAACGCUGUAUAAAAUCCUCAAUACAUCAUAAUUAUUGACGGUGGAAAUAUUGAAACUGUAGCUUCAUAACAAUGUAAAAUUACAGUUACGCCUCUAAAAAUAUGAAAAACUGAAUUGGAAGUCUUAAAUAUAAUCUAACCAGUUGAAGAGUUGACAUUAAAAAAACAUCAAACUAUCAACGUUGGUUAGUAAAGUAAUACUAAAUAUCAAAAACAUGAAAAACUAGUUUUAGGGGAAAUCCCGUGAAUUUUAUCUGAUAACCUAAUUAUUUGUUUGAUCUACUCAGAGUAUUUUUUAUGUCAACUCUUUGAUUUAAUCGAAAAGCAUUUGUGAGCUUACUAGCAAGUUUAUAUGAGAUGUGCCAUAUUGCCGUUCAAUCCUGUUACUUAAUCAAGUUUAUAUUUUAACGUAGCAUAUAUAACAGAAAUGAUCAUUGUAUGAUACCAUCAUACAAUUGUAUACCCAUAAUUGUCAGGGAAAAAGCAAGUUGCUGUGCUACUGAUUCGAGUGGAUAAUUGUUCCUUUUGACUUAUUGAUAUAUGGUAUCGCCUCUACGUGAAGAAAGUAGCACUGUGAAAUUUGUCGUUGCGCAAGUACUGAUAGACUUGUUUCAUCGUGUGAAUAUGAUGGAGUAAAGAAAAUUGUAUAAAUGUGUAUAUUCAGCUGUAAAUUAUAAGAGUUAAGAACCGACAAAUUCAAAUAAAAUUAAUAUUUUUAAU